AUGGGAGACAGGCGCGACCAGGCGGAGGACCGCUCCAGCCCCGAGUACAGCGGAGCGAGCGAAGAAGACUUCAUGAAUAUCAUCCGGCGAUUGCCGAAACCCGUCAUAGCGGAAGUGGACGGGUUUGCCAUUGGUUCCGGCAACAUACUGGCGUACAUGUGCGACUUCACAGUGGCGUCGGAACGCUCCACAUUCGGGCAGACCGGGCCGCGUGUGGGCAGUCCGGCUGCGGGCUUUGGCGUAGGCUACCUCGCCAGCGUGGUAGGGCAAAAGAGGGCGCGGGAAAUCUGGAUGCUUACUCAGCAGUAUUCGGGCAGGAAGGCUUAUGAGUUCGGAUUGGCGAACUCGGUGGUGCCGCAUGAGCAACUGCGCGCGGAAGUCGAUCGGUAUUGCGCGCUGAUAAAGAAUAACAGCCCCGUGAUACUGCAGUUGGAGAAGAUCACAUUCAACGAGAUGACAGAGUAUGCGGAAUCCAUUCCGAACCCGACCGACCGGUAUGCGCGUGAUUACAUAAUGUCCGAAGAGGCGGAGGAACGGCGACUGUCGUUCAUAGAGCGGCGUCCAAUUGACACGUCGAAGAACAUGCCGCUCGUUAAGACCGACAAGAACUGA